AGUGCGGCGGCGCGUCCGCGGCCCGGGGCGGCCGUCGGGGCUGGGCGGCGGCGGCUGCAGAGCGCGGCGUGAGCGACGGCCCCUGGCCUGCCCCAGCCCGCGCCAUGUCGGCGCCGUCGGAGGAGGAGGAGUACGCGCGGCUGGUGAUGGAGGCGCAGCCCGAAUGGCUGCGCGCCGAGGUGAAGCGGCUCGCCCACGAGCUGGCCGAGACCACGCGCGAGAAGAUCCAGGCGGCCGAGUACGGGCUGGCGGUGCUCGAGGAGAAGCACCAGCUCAAGCUGCAGUUCGAGGAGCUCGAGGUGGACUACGAGGCCAUCCGCGGCGAGAUGGAGCAGCUCAAAGAGGCAUUUGGGCAGGCGCACACGAACCACAAGAAGGUGGCCGCAGAUGGUGAGAGCCGGGAGGAGAGUCUGAUCCAGGAGUCGGCCUCCAAGGAGCAGUACUAUGUGCGCAAGGUGCUGGAGCUGCAGACAGAGCUGAAGCAGCUGCGCAACGUCCUCACCAACACGCAGUCAGAGAACGAGCGUCUCGCCUCGGUGGCCCAGGAGCUGAAGGAGAUCAACCAGAAUGUGGAGGUGCAGCGUGGCCGCCUGCGUGACGACAUCAAGGAAUAUAAGUUCCGGGAGGCCCGCCUGCUGCAGGACUAUUCGGAGCUGGAGGAGGAGAACAUCUGCCUGCAGAAGCAAGUGUCCGUGCUCAGGCAGAACCAGGUGGAGUUCGAGGGCCUCAAGCAUGAGAUCAAGCGGCUGGAGGAGGAGACCGAGUACCUCAAUAGCCAGCUGGAGGAUGCCAUCCGGCUCAAGGAGAUCGCCGAGCGGCAGCUGGAAGAGUCGCUGGAGGCGCUCAAGACGGAGCGGGAGCAGAAGAACAGCCUGCGCAAGGAGCUCUCGCACUACAUGAGCAUCAACGACUCCCUCUACACCAGCCACCUGCACGUCUCCCUGGACGGCCUCAAGUUCAGCGACGAUGCCGCCGCUGAAGCCAGCAGCGAUGCUGAGGCCCUGGUCAACGGCUUUGAGCACAGCAGCCUGGCCAAGCUGCCGCCAGACAGCAAGGUCUCCACACCCAAAGAGGACAGCCUGCCACCGCCCUCCCCCAGCCUGGUCUCCGACCUCCUUAGCGAGCUCAACAUCUCCGAGAUCCAGAAGCUGAAGCAGCAGCUGAUGCAGGUGGAGCGGGAGAAGGUGGGCCUGCUGGCGUCGCUGCAGGACACACAGAAGCAGCUGGAGCACACGCGGGGCAUCCUGUCGGAGCAGCACGAGAAGGUGGGCCGCCUCACAGAGGACCUGAAUGCCCUGCGGCGCCUGCAGGCCACCAAGGAGCGGCAGACAGCCCUGGACAGCGAGAAGGAGCGGGACAGCCACGAGGAUGGUGACUACUAUGAAGUGGACAUCGACGGGCCGGAGAUCUUGGCCUGCAAGUACCAUGUGGCCGUGGCUGAGGCAGGUGAGCUGCGGGAGCAGCUGAAGGCCCUGCGCAGCGCACACGAGGCCAGCAUGGCCCAGCACGCCGAGGAGACGGGCCGCUACGAGGCCGAGGGCCGGGCCCUCAGCGAGAAGGUCUCCUUGCUGGAGCAGGCCGGCCACCGGGACCGCGACCUGCUGACCCGGCUGGAGACGGAGCUGAAGAAGGUGAGUGAUGUGGCUGGCGAGACUCAAGGCAGCCUGAGCGCAGCGCAGGAUGAGCUAGUGACCUUCAGUGAGGAGCUGGCCAGCCUGUACCACCACGUGUGCAUGUGCAACAAUGAGACGCCCGCCCGCGUCGUGCUGGACUACUACCGUGAGGGCCAGGGUGGGCCGGGCCGCGCCAGCCCCGAGGGCCGUGGUCGCCGCUCGCCCAUCCUCCUGCCCAAGGGGUUGCUGGCCGCCGAGGCGGGCAAGGCCGAGGCCGGGGAUGGCAGCCCCUCACCCAGCCCCUCGCUGCCCUCACCCCUGAGCGACCCGCGCCGUGAGCCCAUGAACAUCUACAGCCUGAUCGCCAUCAUCCGCGACCAGAUCAAGCACCUGCAGGCAGCCGUGGACCGCACCACGGAGCUGUCGCGGCAGCGCAUUGCCUCUCAGGAGCUGGGCCCCGCCACUGACAAGGACAAGGAGGCGCUGAUGGAGGAGAUCCUGAAGCUCAAGUCGCUGCUGAGCACCAAGCGCGAGCAGAUCACCACCCUGCGCACUGUUCUCAAGGCCAACAAGCAGACGGCCGAGGUGGCCCUGGCCAACUUGAAGAGCAAGUACGAGAACGAGAAGGCCAUGGUGACUGAGACCAUGAUGAAGCUGCGCAAUGAGCUCAAGGCGCUCAAGGAGGACGCCGCCACCUUUUCCUCACUGCGUGCCAUGUUCGCCACCAGGUGCGAUGAGUACAUCACGCAGCUGGACGAGAUGCAGCGGCAGCUGGCGGCCGCCGAGGACGAGAAGAAGACACUCAACUCACUGCUACGCAUGGCCAUCCAGCAGAAGCUGGCGCUGACCCAGCGGCUGGAGCUGCUCGAGCUGGACCACGAGCAGGCGCGGCGUGGCCGCUCCAAGGCCACCCCCAAGGCCAAGCCCGCCCCCCCCAGUGUAAGUCACGCCUGCGCCUGUGCCAGCGGCCGGGCCGAGGUGCCCGGGCUCGCCAGCCACGUAUUGUGCAGCGAGAAGUACAACAUCUCCUGCGACUAGGGCCACCGGGUGCCACCCGCCACAGCUAACACGCCGCCCGUCUGCUCCCCUCCCACUAACCCAGCACGGAGGGGCCUGGCCGCGGGGUCCUAACCGAGACUAAUCCACAAAGGGAAUGCUUCUCAUGCAGGCUGCGUGGGGGCCGCCGCCCCUGCGGGGAGACUGGACAGGCUUCUAUCUGCUUCUUACGUCCUCUGCAGCGCAGGAGCCUCCGCCAUGCCCAUGUGCUCCAUCCGGCAGGAGCCGGGGUGGGGCGGGCUGCAGGUCCUCACGUGAGCACAGCGUGGCAUCCCAGGGACCAUGGCUGCCCCUGAGGAACCUCAAACCCAAGGUGGAAGGGCACGUGUCCCUGGCGAGCGUCCAGUGGCUGCCCCCGGCCCGUCCGUCCUGCCUCUGAGGGUGCUCUGCCCAGGCCCUGACUCAGAAACAGUUACCCCGUAGUUUGUGCAGCAUUGCAUGGCAAGUCACAUUCAGGACACAAGUGCAGAGAACUCCCCCAAGCCCAGAGAAGAGCCCCCGGUGCCCACACCUCCCAGAACCAAGCUUGGUGGCCGCAGUUUCUCCUUUCUGAGAUGUGUCUGCUUGCCUGGUGCCUGCGGGUGGCAAAUCGGAACGCACGGGCCUGGGGUUUCCUUUUCCGAUGAACAGAGCUUUCCAAGUGCCUAGCCAGAGCCUCUGUGUUCAGUAGGCAGCCCCUUCCCUUUGUAUUUGGGGUCUCCCCGGGCUUUCUUGGCAGAUUUCCCUGCUGUCUGCCCCUCCUCUUUGGUCACAUAGCGUUAGCAGCCCCCGCUGAAGCUGAAACACACGUCAGCUCAGUUGAACUGAAAACAUUAGUGCUAGCAGGAGUCUGGCUGGGACUGGCAGGCUCAGCCAGGGCUGGGUCCCGGGAUUCCCAGGUAGGAAGAGUGAGGUUUUCUUUAUUUAGUGCAAUUUGGAGGUUGGGGUGGGGUGGGGGGAAGUAGCAAUGACACAAAAGGAGAGCAGGCAGCAUUGGGAGCCUGCAGGUUUUCCGUUAUCACAGGCUUUAUCUGCACGAGAGCUUUGGCAGCGGGCACUGUCUGCGUUUACACUUCUUGAAGCAGAACCUCUCCCAGUAUUUCUUCUCUGUGUCUCACAGUGGGGCCAGAAGGCUGCAUUUUUCUCUUUUUAAGAGGCACCAGGCAUCCCGGUGCUGCAGAGAAAGGAAAUUCACGUUACCAGUUGCCCCUCCAUCCCUCCCUGUUUCUUUUGGUUCUUCAGUGUGUCUUGGUCCCCACCGAUCUUCCAGUGCUGCCGACACGGUGGGCAGAUUGCACCUGAGGUGGGAGGUAUCUGGGAGCUGAGGGGCCUGUGUGGCACGCUGGGGACAUCCAGGCUUGGGUGUCCUCCCCUGCGAGAAGGGGCCGUGCCGUCCCCCGCCUGUACGAGCAGGCCUUCCUGGCAGGGUGCUGCUGUCUCGCCUGCCCCGCAUGCCUGCCCCACGUGCCGUCCCCGCACGCCACCCUGCGCCCUCCUGGCCCGACUGCCAGCUCGCAGCUUCUCUCAGUACUUGUAAAGGCUCUGGACCCUCGGAAGGGCCCCUGCAGAAAGCACAGCCACCCUCUGCCACACGCCGCCACCUGCUGCCCAUAACCCACCCAGCACUCGCAGCGCGGCCCAGGCCUGCAGUUUUCAAGACAGGACGCACCAAGCCACCACUUCUCUAACGAUGUCUUGUUUUCUCCCGUUUCCAGCUGUAGAGUAGCUGCCGAGGACUCGGGCCCCUGGCCCUGUCGGGUCGCGGCUCCUUUCCUCGCUCUCGUGGUGCGGUGAAGGGAGUGCCAACCGCUACCCGAGGAAAGAAGGCGACCCAAAAUUCCACUUAGAACCUUCUUUGGAAAUGCCACUGCAGUUCUUUUCAAAACCGCAUUCCCCGAGUGUUUAUUGGGAGAAAGGAAAAGCUUUAAUGUCGAAAAUGCCGCGAGCUGCUGCUUGACGAGACCUUUUUACAAGUGCUGAAGAAUCUGCUUCACACAGUGAUGCACACGCUUGUUUAUGAACCUACUAGAAUUGCUCACCACUGGGGGAUCCUUCUUACUGCAGAGAUUCCUUUUUUAUCCGAUCAACCUGUGCACUUUUGAUAUUUUGAUAUCCCGUUUGCUUCUUUAAUUCCUUGUGUAGAGACGGUUCUCAGAUGCUGUGGUUUGUGGUCAUGGUUGCGUUAGCCUCCGUCUUAGCCCUCGGCCUGUCGGUUUGAUAUCCGCACGUUGCAGAGACGUGUCCUCUUUGUCGUGUCUAGCUCUAGACUGCUUCAGAGGAGGGCCUCGACGCCACCAGGAGCUGGGUUACAUGUUUCCAAGCGUGGCUCAGCUGUCUUUUAGACGAUACGGCGUUAACAGCUCAUGUUUGAAAUUACAGAUUUUAAAUGCCAUGUUCAUUAAGAAAUCCAGGGUAUUCAGAUUCUGGGGUUUUUCAUAUUGUAUUAUUAUUAUUCUUAGGAAUAGUUCAAUGUAACAAGGAGAAAACUUGACCUUUGCUCUGGUUAAAACAGUAAUAGGCACUUGAAAAAAAAAACUGAUAAAUUAUUGAAUGAGUAGUAUUAACCUACAAAUUCCAGAACUGUCUGGGUUUUAGGACAUUGUGAGGCAUGACUGAUUAACAGAAUUUUAUACAACUGUACCAGUGAAAUUCCAAAUUGGAAUUGUUUUGUUACUCUGGUUGUUGUGCCAAAUUGUGGUACACUUAGAAAAUUUCUCCAGCCGUCAAUUUUUUAGGGUGUUUGAUUUCAGCACCUUUUUUGUUAGUAAUCAUUGCCAGUAGUGCCUUCAUCGUCUAAGGGAUGUGUCCCUGAGUAGUUUAUUCUCAAAAGCAGACAGUGAAGAGCUAGUUUGGGAUCUCUAAGGCCAGCAUGGAGCAAUAAGUGAGAGGCUCUUCACUGAGAGGAGGACAGGGAUUGUACAAAAUUCUGUUAGUCAGUGAUUCUUUACCUGCACAGAUCCUUGCAAAUUCAGGGGCUUAGAAAACGAAAGCAAACACGAAACACUGAGUGUGCUUUGGGAACCAAAUGGACUUCUGUGGGACAGACUGAGCAAGCGAUAUCAAAACACAUUUGCGAGGGCCCGAGAAGGCGUCAGGAAUGUUCUCUUUGUGCGGAGGUGGGCAAGGGUGAGCCCUGGGAUUCUUUGCAAAUGUGGAAACGGGACGUUAAUACCCACUCUUGCUUAGUGUAAACUAAUCACUGUUAAUUUCAGGAAACAGAAGUCGUCAGAGCUCCUCGGCAAACCAGGCCAGCCCGCCCGUGCUGUGUUGCCGAGGCUCCGGUGAAUAGGCAAAUUGGUAUUUCAGGAGGAACACAAAUAAAGGGUCCUCCCACCUCCAAAAGAAAAAAACAAGUACAAAUCAUAAUAAUAUAAAUGACAAGAAUGAGAGAAUUCUGUUUCCUGGAAUAAGCAUUUCUUAUUCCUAGUUAUAAGGGCCUCCUAUUUUUACCUUCUUUUACAGUAUUGAUUCAUAAGAAAUGUUGUUACAUUUGAGAUAACUUCAUCUGUAUGGGGUAUUUAUUUGCAAUGAUGUCUGAGUACUGUAUUUUUUUUUCUGUGCAUUAUCCUAGAAUGUUGGUCUUUAUUUUAAGGUCAUAUGCAUGUUUUCCUGCCGAAGAACCUUUACACAGACCCAACAAACAAAAGUAUAAUAAUAAACAAAUGCCUUUGGUUUCUGAAAAAAUGGGGCAAAGCACAGAAAAGGAAUAGGACAGAGAAAUUAAUUGGGACAUAAAUAUGACUUGAAUGUCUGCAUAGGAACAGUGGGCCUGUGUAAAGAGUCACGUGGUAGGACCAGUAAAUAAAAAAGAAGAAUAAAAAGACAAAAA